AUAAAAUGGCAGGGUCCUAAAACGGGUCCUUAAUAAUGUGACGUAACCUUUCUUGCCGGAAAUUUUCCUGAGCAGGCUGUUAUUGGGAUCUAUGAAAGGAAUAUGCUUUCAAUAUUUAAAUCAAUCCCCACACACAUGGACUAUAAAGGCCAGAAACUGGCUGAACAAAUUUUCCAAGGGAUAAUCCUAAUUUCUGCGGUGAUUGGAUUCGUGUACGGACUAAUCAUUCAACAAUUUGGAUGGACUGUUUACAUAGUCCUGGCAGGAUUUGUCAUCUCAUGCAUUAUGACGCUGCCCCCAUGGCCAAUGUACCGAAGGAAUCCUCUCCCUUGGCAACCUGUUAUACCAGAGAGCAGUGCAGAGUCAAACCAAAAGCCUCAGGAGAGUCUAAAGAAAAAGAAGCACAAAUAAGUCCUUAUCAUCUAGCUCCUUUUACAUUGGAAAUCCUUUUGGUUUAUAUCAUAGAGUACACAUAAUUUCAAAAGAAACUCUUAGUGUUUCAGUUUGAAAUACAUGUCUCAAAUAAAAUGUGUAUGUGCUCUA